AUUACAGUACACAGUACAGAACCAUUCGGCGCGUGGUUUAAGUUGUACCAGAAAAGGUGAUAUGAUCUGACCCGUUAACAAGACGGAGUCGUCAAAAGACAUGGUUCCCUGGAACGGACGAGCCCUUUUGAAGAAUCUCCUUUUUCUUAUCGUCGUUUCCUUCUGCCCUGAUCUUCACUCCAUUGGACGGGAUGACGUCCCCCUCCCUCCGCGGCAGUGAUGAGGCGUUGCGUCAUAGGCAAAACCGUCUCAGUUGAUAGACGCAAAAUCAAGCCACCGUCGUUGAUGCGCAGAUAGACGAUGAGGAUCGCCGGACCACAGAACGGAAGAAAAGCGAGAUCGAGCGGCCAUGCUCUCUAUAAAUCGAGACCAGGAACCUCACACUUUCCACACCAAUUCGCACUAAUAGCGCUCCUCUCUCCAUAGAGACAGAGAGAGAGAUGAUGAUGGCGACGAUGGGAGGUGGGUGGUCGAGAUAUCUCGUGCUGCUGCUGCUGGUGCUCUUGUACUCAGCGCCGGGAGGCGUUUGGGGUCAGUACGUGCUGGGGCAUGGCUACGCCGUCCGGUCGAUCUCCACCAGCCCGGACGGCAAAAGCAUCUCCGCGAAGCUCUGCCUCAUCAACGCCUCCGACAAGUAUGGCCCGGACAUUCAGAACCUCGACCUCAACGUCUGGUACGAGACACCCACGAGACUGAGAGUGAAAAUAACCGACUCAGACAGACCGAGAUGGGAGGUUCCACAAGAGAUCAUCCCCCGCGGGACACAAAAGCCUUUCAUCCACGGGGGUCGACGUCUAUUAGGCAGCAGCACCGCCCCUCCGCCUGAGGGCGGCAAGUUCUCCGUCCCCGACUCCGACCUCGUCUUCACCUACACCACCAACCCCUUCAACUUCUUCAUCACUAGGCGGUCCUCCACCGAGACGCUCUUCGACACCAGAACCGGAACAAACAAUGAUCCAGACGGUUCGGUUGCUGGUCUCGUCUUCAAGGACCAAUUCUUGUCCAUCUCCACAUCCUUACCUGCCGGUUCGUCGUCCAUCUACGGACUCGGCGAGCACACCCUGCGCUCGUUCCGACUCGGCGGUAAUGACUACUUGACCCUGACAAUGUGGAACGAGGACAUCGGCAGCUCGGCGGUGGGCUUGAACCUCUAUGGGACACAUCCCUUCUACAUGGACCUCAGAGCACCCAGCGGGAAAGCCCACGGAGUGCUACUGCUCAACAGCAACGGGAUGGACGUCAUCUACCGUCCAUCGCAGAUCACGUACAAGAUCGACGGUGGGAUCCUCGACUUCUAUUUCUUUGCCGGCGAUACGCCGGCGGCCGUGGUGCAGCAGUACACGGAACUCAUCGGCCGACCCGCCCCAAUGCCUUACUGGUCAUUUGGCUUCCACCAGUGCCGAUAUGGUUACAAGAACGUGGAGGACCUGGAGGGCGUGGUCGAUGGCUAUGCGAAAGCCGGCAUUCCAUUGGAAGUGAUGUGGACGGACAUUGACUACAUGGACCAGUUCAGAGACUUCACAUUGGACCCUGUGAACUUUCCCCUCAACAAAAUGAAGUCCUUCACGGAUAGACUGCACCAAAAUGGCCAAAAAUACGUGCUCAUAGUGGACCCAGGGAUCAACGUGCAUCAAGACUACAAGUCAUAUGUUCGGGGCCUUGAAGCAGACAUCUACAUCAAACGCAACGGUCAACCUUACCUGGCACAGGUCUGGCCUGGCCCAGUCAACUUCCCGGACUUCAUGAACCCGGCGUCUCUCCCUUACUGGCAGCGCGAGAUCCAGGAAUUCCACGACGUCAUCCCCUUCGACGGCCUCUGGAUCGACAUGAAUGAGGUGUCCAACUUCUGCUCCGGCACUUCCUGCAAGCUGCCGGCCAAUGGCCCCUGCCCUCGCCCCGGCCAACAAACACAAUGCUGCCUCAUCUGUGACAACUCUAACAUGACCAUCUACGACAAUCCACCUUACAAGAUCAACGCCGGCGGAUCGAGGCGCCCGCUCGGCGAGAGGACGCUCUCUGCCAGCACAGAACAUUACGGCAACGUAUUGGAGUACAACGCUCAUGGGCUGUAUGGCUUGACGGAGGCUCGUGCCACGAAGAUGGCCCUGGCUAAUGUCACCCAGAAGAGGCCGUUUGUCUUGUCCCGAUCUACGUUUGUGGGUUCAGGAGUGCACACUGCCCAUUGGACUGGUGACAACUCUGCAACUUGGGAUGAUCUUGCCUUCUCCAUAUCGGGCAUGCUCAACUUCGGCCUCUUUGGGGUGCCCAUGGUAGGAUCAGACAUCUGCGGCUUCAAUGGCCAGACAAAUGAAGAGCUCUGCAACCGGUGGAUUCAACUCGGUGCCUUCUAUCCAUUCUCUCGCAAUCAUGCUACCAUUACCUCUAGGAGACAGGAGCUCUAUUUGUGGGAGACGGUAACUGAGUCUGCAAAGAAGGCAUUGGGUCUUCGAUACAAGCUGUUGCCAUACUAUUAUACUCUCAUGUACCAGGCACACUUGACCGGAUCGCCCAUUGCUCGACCGCUCUUCUACUCCUUUGCAGAUGACAUCAACACCCAUGGCAUCGACAAACAAUUCCUGAUUGGCAAGGGGUUGAUGGUGUCGCCAAUACUGAGACAGGGACAAAGUAGUGUCGAUGCAUACUUCCCUGCAGGAACGUGGUUCGACAUGUUUGAUCUCAACACGAGCUUGAGCGUGCCUAGUGGGAGGACCAUCACCCUCGAUGCACCCUUGGAGAAUAUCAAUGUCCACGUCCGUGCAGGCAGCGUACUGCCAAUGCAGGAAGUAGCAGCAACAACGGCCGAAGCAAGGAAGACGCCUUUCACGCUGUUGGUAGCAUUGGGAAAUGGUGAAGGAGCAGAAGGAGAACUGUUUUUGGAUGAUGGGGAGCAGGUGGAGAUGGGAGGAGCAGGAAACGGCUGGACACUUAUGCAGUUCCACGCUGUGAUGCAAGGAAAUGCAGUGAAGCUAUCUUCCCAAGUGCAGAACGGCGACUAUGCUUUGGGCCAGAAGUUGCUGAUCGAGACUGUGGUUGUUGUGGGAUUGAAACCCAGAUCACAACUAAAAGAAUUGAUUUUGACAGUUAAUGGAAACCCAGUGGAUGUCUCCAAGGUGAAGGUCGCCAUGGAGGGCAAGGGAGACAACGGCGUAGCAGUGAUUAAUGGAUUAUGUGUGGUGGUAGGUCAGAACUUUGAGUUGACCAUGCAGAUGGCGUGAAACCAAGAAAAGCAUGGGUGCUAAAAUGAAUAAGGAAGACCUUGGGUGGUGAUUUGUCACUAGAUUCCAUAUUUAUCAUUGUGCUAUUCAAUGAUAUUUCACAUUUAGCUAUUAAUAUGUGAUCUUAUAGUGUGUUGCUUUCUUUCUUAUUUGAAGAAAUUUUCUAUCUUUCAUCA